AGUGUUAUAUCUGUGAUCGCGAAAAGUGCGCAAAACGGGUUUUUUUCCCUGGCAGUUUGGGUGGGGAAUUGCAGCGACUCAAAGUCGAAGCUGACGUUGGAGUCGAUUGAGUUGUGCCCUAAUUCAGAAUUUGGGGAGGGAAACGCAUGCAACCAUUUCAAUUAGGAAGGAACGCAAUUCAAUUCAAAUAAUAAACAACUGAACAAAUUAAUUGAAUCGGAGGAACGAGAGAAAGCGAGAGCGAAAGAGAAAAAGAAGGGAUCAUGAGGGGUGGGAAGAAAACGAUCCACGCAAUCAUCACAUGGAUGCGGCGGCAACCACCAAAGGCGAAGGCUUUAAUCGCCGUCUUGCUAGGCAUGACGGCUCUCGUCCUUCUUCGCAUCAUCGUUCACGACCACGACAAUCUUUUCGUCGCCGCCGAGGCUGUUCAUUCUCUUGGAAUCUCUGUUCUCAUCUACAAGCUCAUCAAAGAAAAAACUUGUGCCGGAUUAUCACUCAAAUCCCAGGAAUUGACGGCUCUGUUUUUAGCUGUUAGGCUGUACUGCAGUUUUGUCAUGGAAUAUGAUAUACACACCCUUCUUGAUUUGGCUACUUUUGCUACAACAGUGUGGGUUAUAUACAUGAUUCGUUUUAAAUUGAGAUCUAGUUACAUGCACGAGAAAGACAAUUUUGCUAUAUACCAUGUGGCGGUACCAUGUGCUGUGUUAGCCUUGUUUAUUCAUCCAUCAACUUCACAUCAUUUAUUGAACAGGAUUUUCUGGGCAUUCUGUGUAUAUCUUGAAGCUGUGUCGGUACUGCCUCAACUUCGAGUCAUGCAGAACACCAAAAUUGUUGAGCCAUUCACGGCACACUAUGUAUUUGCCCUGGGCGUGGCGAGAUUCUUGAGUUGUGCUCAUUGGGUUCUUCAGGUGUUGGAUAGUCGUGGACAUUUGUUAGUUGCCUUGGGGUAUGGAUUGUGGCCGUCAAUGGUGCUUAUUUCAGAAAUUGUUCAGACAUUUAUCUUGGCAGAUUUCUGUUACUAUUAUGUUCAAAGUGUUUUCGGGGGACAGCUUGUUCUCCGUCUACCUUCUGGAGUGGUGUGAUUCACUUCACUGCAUAUUUGCAUUUACAUGAACAUAAAGCAAGCUAUAUUUGUUGUUUGGAAGAGUUUGGCUCCUUGGAAGAAUCUGGUUCUUUGUAAAGUUAGAUAUUAAUGGAAAACUAGAUAUUUAUGCUGAAGAGACGUUAUUUGUAGUUGGAAAUGCUAUAAUACACACGAUGUGUCUAUUUGCUCAGGUCUUGAAGAAAUUCAGUUGUUGACAGAACAUUUCUGCAUUUUAAGCUUUGUUAACUGUUUGACUUGAGCCAAUGAGGGUGGUGGGAGUGGUCAUAAAGUUCUUUGAACUUUGAAGGGAUUAUUUUUUUUUUCCAUAACAUUUAGAUAAUGGUAUUUUUUAAAGGUGUUUGUAUUCCGUGUCCAAAAUUAACAUCUGGGAGUUUUAUGUA